CUCUGGUCUGUGGAGGGUGUUGGCAGGUUAGCAUUGGAGCGUCCCAUUUUGGUUAGGUAACUACAUGUUUUGCAUUAUAGCUCAAUUAACUAGGUAAAAAGCGUAAUCUGUUUUGUCUUCCUGUCGUUUCUUUAGCUGGUAAAUAUGAAGAAAAAAACAACCGAGAAAAAGGGCCAUGUAGUUGCAUGGAUCAGCAAAGCAGAAUGGGACCAGGUGCUUGAGUAUCUGUACUCAAAGGAUUGUGCUUUACAAAAGUAUGCAUUACACAGAAUAUCGGCGUGGAAGGGCAGGUAAGGGAUACACGUAUUUGAUCUUCAGAUAAUGUUAUCCUGUUGCAUAAUUACUAUUUUGUUAGCUAGAUAUUCGCGGAAUAGUUGGUGUUAGCUUAGCUUGUAGCUAACGUUAGUUCGUGUUUAAGUGAGGUUGCACACCACUGCUGUUUUCCGGUGAACAAACAGCGGUUCCUGGACGAAAAAUAUUAUCACAUCAUUUGAUUUAUUUUUUUCAGGUUUGCCCACAAUACUCCCAUCGCCGUAGAAAGCACAGCAGACCUGGUCAGAUGUCAAAUACUUGACAGAUCAGGAAAACUUGACGCUGACGACCUGGUCUUGCUUUAUGGAACAGCACUCGUGAGGUUGGAAUCGCUUUGUUAAUGUUUAAAUGUUCUCAUACGAGUCUGGUUCAUUGUUACAUUUUCUCAUGUGGCAGCAUACUGUUGCAAUCAAUGAUGUGUGUGUGUAUAUAUAUGCUGUGGAAAAAAUUAAGAGACCACUGCAAAAUUAUCAGUUUCUCUGGUUUUACUAUUUAUAGGUAUGUGUUUGGGUAAAAAUAACAUUUUUGUUUUAUUCUAUAAACUACUGACAACAUUUCUCCCAAAUUCCAAAUAAAAACAUUGUCAUUUAGAGCAUUUAUUUGCAGAAAAUGACAACUGGUCAAAAUAACAAAAAUGAUGCACUGUUGUCAGACCUCGAAUAAUGCAAAGAAAAUAAGUUAAUGUUCAUUUUUAAACAACACAAUACUAAUGUUUUAACUUAGGCAGAGUUCAGAAAUCAAUAUUUGGUGGAAUAACCCUGAUUUUCAAUCACAGCUUUCAUGCGUCUUGGCAUGCUCUCCACCAGUCUUUCACAUUGAUGUUGGGUGACUUUAUGCCACUCUUGGCGCAAAGAUUCAAGCAGCUCGGCUUUGUUUCAUGGCUUGUGACCAUCCAUCUUCCUCUUGAUCACAUUCCAGAAGUUUUCAAUGGGGUUCAGGUCUGGAGAUUGGGCUGGCCAUGACAGGGUCUUGAUCUGGUGGUCCUCCAUCCACACCUUGAUUGACCUGGCUGUGUGGCAUGGCGCAUUGUCCUGCUGGAAAAACAAAUCCUCAGAGUUGGGUAACAAUGUCAGAGCAAAAAGAAGCACGUUUUCUUCCAGGACAACCUUGUACGUGGCUUGAUUCAUGCGUCCUUCACAAAGACAAAUCUGCCCAAUUCCAGCCUUGAUGAAGCACCCCAAGAUCAUCACUGAUCCUCCACCAAAUUUCACAGUGGAUGCGAGACACUGUGGCUUGUAGACCUCUCCAGGUCUCCGUCUAACCAUUAGACGACCAGGUGUUGGGCAAAGCUGAAAAUUGGACUCAUCAGAGAAGAUGACCUUACUCCAGUCCUCUACGGUCCAAUCCUUAUGGUCUUUUGCAAACCUCAGCCUGGCUCUUCUUUGCUUCUCAUUGAUGAAGGGCUUUUUUCUAGCUUUGAACGACUUCAGCCCUGCCCCUAGGAGCCUGUUUCGAACCGUCCUCGCCGUGCACUUCACCCAAGCUGCCGUUUGCCAUUCUUUUUGUAGGUCACUUGAUGUCAUCCUACGGUUGUUGAGUGACAUUCGAAUGAGUUGGCGGUCAUCCCGGUCAGUAGAGUUGUUUUCGCCCUCUGCCAGUCUGUAGCUUUGUUGUCCCCAAUGUCUGCUGCUUGACCUUGUUCUUAUGAACCUCCGUCUUUGAAAUUUUAAGGAUGGAAGCAACCUGACGCUCACUGUAUUACAUUUACCCUCUACCAGUAAAGCCAGAAUUGAACCCUUCUUUUCCUCACUCAAAACUUUCCUUUUCAACUCUUUUGGCAUAGUCAAUUGUUAUUUUUUGAUUAAUAUUACUUUUGAGGUACUAUUAGCACUGUUUUUUCCAUCCAGCUGGUCCUAUUGCAAGAUCAUAGUGUUGACCACAGCAGUGGUUUUUAUACUUUUUCUCGUUAAAUAAGAUUUGGUUCAGGUGAUCACCUAAUCAGUACCUAAUUCAGUAGAAUGAGGUGUGCCUGUGUUGGAAUUUAACAGACACGGGAAUGGAAUGGCUGUCAUACAAGUAGAGAUGGUGAUUUAAGAAAAAUGUGCAGUGGUCUCUUAAUUUUUUCCACAGUUGUGUGUGUGUGUAUAUAUAUAUAUACAUACACAUACACAUACAUACAGUGAGGGGAAAAAAGUAUUUGAUCCCCUGCUGAUUUUGUACGUUUGCCCACUGACAAAGACAUGAUCAGUCUAUAAUUUUAAUGGUAGGUUUAAUUGAACAGUGAGAGACAGAAUAACAACAAAAUAAUCCAGAAAAACGCAUGUAAAAAAUGCUAUAAAUUGAUUUGCAUUUUAAUGAGGGAAAUAAGUAUUUGACCCCUCUGCAAAACAUGACUUAGUACUUGGUGGCAAAACCCUUGUUGGCAAUCAGAGGUCAGACGUUUCUUGCAGUUGGCCACCAGGUUUGCACACAUCUCAGGAGGGAUUUUGUCCCACUCCUCUUUGCAGAUCUUCUCCAAGUCAUUAAGGUUUCGAGGCUGACGUUUGGCAACUCGAACCUUCAGCUCCCUCCACAGAUUUUCUAUGGGAGUAAGGUCUGGAGACUGGCUAGGCCACUCCAGGACCUUAAUGUGCCUCUUCUUGAGCCACUCCUUUGUUGCCUUGGCUGUUUGUUUUGGGUCAUUGUCAUGCUGGAAUACCCAUCCACGACCCAUUUUCAAUGCCCUGGCUGAGGGAGGGAGGUUCUCACCCAAGAUUUGACAGUACAUGGCCGUCCAUCGACCCUUUGAUGCAGUGAAGUUGUCCUGUUCCCUUAGCAGAAAAACACCCCCAAAGCAUAAUGUUUCCACCUCCAUGUUUGACGGUGGGGAUGGUGUUCUUGGGGUCAUAGGCAGCAUUCCUCCUCCUCCAAACACGGCGAGUUGAGUUGAUGCCAAAGAGCUCGAUUUUGGUCUCAUCUGACCACAACACUUUCACCCAGUUCUCCUCUGAAUCAUUCAGAUAUUCAUUGGCAAACUUCAGACGGCCCUGUAUAUGUGCGUUCUUGAGCAGGGGGACCUUGUGGGCGCUGCAGGAUUUCAUUCCUUCACGGCGUAGUGUGUUACCAAUUGUUUUUUGGUGACUAUGGUCCCAGCUGUCUUGAGAUCAUUGACAAGAUCCUCCCGUGUAGUUCUGGGUUGAUUCCUCACCGUUCUCAUGAUCAUUGCAACUCCACGAGGUGAGAUCUUGCAUGGAGCCCCAGGCUGAGGGAGAUUGACAGUUAUUUUGUGUUUCUUCCAUUUGCGAAUGAUCGCACCAACUGUUGUCACCUUCUCACCAAGCUGCUUGGCGAUGGUCUUGUAGCCCAUUCCAGCCUUGUGUAGGUCUACAAUCUUGUCCCUGACAUCCUUGGAGAGCUCUUUGGUCUUGGCCAUGGUGGAGAGUUUGGAAUCUGAUUGAUUGCUUCUGUGGACAGGUGUCUUUUAUACAGGUAACAAGCUGAGAUUAGGAGCACUCCCUUUAAGAGUGUGCUCCUAAUCUCAGUUUGUUACCUGCAUAAAAGACACCUGGGAGCCAGAAAUCUUUCUGAUUGAGAGGGGGUCAAAUACUUAUUUCCCUCAUUAAAAUGCAAAUCAAUUUAUAACAUUUUUGACAUGCGUUUUUCUGGAUUUUUGUUGUUGUUAUUCUGUCUCUCACUGCUCAAAUAAACCUACCAUUAAAAUUAUAGACUGAUCAUUUCUUUGUCAGUGGGCAAACGUACAAAAUCAGCAGGGGAUCAAAUACUUUUUUCCCUCACUGUAUGUGUGUGUGUGUGUGUGUGUGUGUGUGUGUAUAUAUAUGUAUGUAUAUAUAUAUAUAUCUCUCGUUUUGGGUCACUUAGAAAUGUCCUUGUUUUCUAAAGAAAAGCAAAAAAAAUUGUCCAUUUAAAAUGACCACAAACUGAUCAGAAAUACAGUGUAGACAUUGUUAAUGUUGUAAAGGCUAUUGUAGCUGGAAACGGCUGAUUUUUUUAAUGGAAUAUCUACAUAGGCAUACAGAGGCCCAUUAUCAGCAACCAUCAAUCCUGUGUUCCAAUGGCACAUUGUUUGCUAAUACAAGUUUAUCAUUUUAAAAGGCUAAUUGAUCAUUAGAAAACCCUUUUGCAAUUAUGUUAGCACAGCUGAAAACUGUUGUGCUGAUUUUUAAAGAAGCAAUAAAACUGGCCUACUUGAGACUAGUUGAGUAUCUGGAGCAUCAGCAAUUGUGGGUUCGAUUACAGUUUGAGAAACAGACGCCUCACAGGUCCUCAACUGGCAGGUUAUUAAAUAGUACCCGCAAAACACCAGUCUCAACGUCAACAGUGAAGAGGCGACUCCGGGAUGCUGACCUUCUAGGCAGAGUUGCAAAGAAAAAGCCAUAUCUCAGACUGGCCAAUAAAAAUAAAAGAUUAAGAUGGGCAGUUGGCUUUUCAUAGCCGAGCAUUCAGAGGUCGAGACAGAAGGUGCGGUAGAGAGCGUCGAAAACAGCAGGUCCGGGACAAGGUAGCACAUCCGGUGAACAGGUCAGGGUUCCAUAGCCGCAGGCAGAACAGUUGAAACUGGAUUAGCACCACGACCAGGUGGACUGGGGAUAGCCAGGAGUCAUCAGGCCAGGUUGUCCUGAGGCAUGGUCCUUGGCUCAGGUCCUCCGGGAGGGGAGGGAGAGAGAAUUAGAGGGAGCAUAUCUACAUUUCCACAAGACACCAGAUAAGACAGGAGAAUUACACCAGAUAUACCAGACUGACCCUAGCCCCCCGGGACACAUAGACGAUUGCAGCAUAGAUACUGGAGGCUGGGUCGGGGGACACUGUGGCCCCGUCCGACGAUACCCCCGGACAGGGCCAACCAGGCAGGAUAUAACCCCACCCACUUUGCCAAAGCACAGCCCCCACACCACUAGAGGGAUAUCAACAGACCACCAACUUACUACCCAGAGACUAGGCUGAGUAUAGCCCACAAAGAUCUCCUCCACCGCACGAGCGCAAAACCGGACAGGAAGAUCACGUCAGUGACUCAACCCACUCAAGUGACGCACCCCUCCUAGGGACGGCAUGGAAGAGCACUAGUAAGCCAGUGACUCAGCCACCGUAAUAGGGUCAGAGGCAGAGAGUCCCAGUGGAGAGAGGGGAGCUGGCCAGGCAAGACAGCAAGGGCGGUUCGUCGCUCCAGUGCCUUGCCGUUCACCUUUGCACCCCUGGCCCAGACCACACUCAAUCAUAGGACCUACUGAAGAGAUGAGUCUUCAGUAAAGAUGGAUAGGCAGACCAUUCCAUAAAAAUGGAGCUCUAUAAGAGAAAGCCCUGCCUCCAGCUGUUUGCUUAGAAAUUCUAGGGACAAUAAAGGGGAAGGGAAAGGGGGAUACUAGUCAGUUGUACAACUGAAUGCAUUCAACUGAAAUGUGUCUUCCGCAUUUAACCCAACCCCUCUGAAUCAAUAAGGAGGCCUGCGUCUUGUGACCGUAGCGUACGUGUAGGUAUGUACGGCAGGACCAAAUCGGAGAGAUUGGGAGGAGCAGCCCAUGUAAUGUUUUGUAGGUUAGCAGUAAAACCUUGAAAUCAGCCCUUAACAGGACACCAGUGUAGAGACACUAGCACUGGAGUAAUAUGAUCCAAUUUUUGGGUUCUACACAAGAUUCUAGCAGCCAUGUUUAGCACUAACUUAAGUUUAUUUUGUGCUUUAUCCGGGUAGCCGGAGAGUAGAGCGUUGCAGAAAAGCUAAUCCAUGCUUUUGUCACUUCUAGAUUACUGCGUCAUUUUUGGACAAAAAAGUUGGAUUUCUGCAAUGUUACGAAGAUGGGAAAAAAUCUGUCCUUGAAAUAUUCUUGAUGUGUUCGUCAAAGGAGAGAUCAGGGUCCAGAGUAAUGCCAAAGUAUUUUAUUUGAGACGAUUGUAUAACCAUCAAGAUUAAUUGUCAGAUCCAACAGCAGAUCUUUGUUUCUUGGGACCUAGAACUAGCAUUUCUGUUUUGUCAGAGUAUAAAAGUGAAACAUUUGCCGCCAUCCACUUCCUUAUGUCUGAAACACAGGCUUCCAGAGUAGGCAAUUUUGGGCCUUCACCAUGUUUCAUCGAAAUGUACAGCUGUGUCGUCCGCAUAGCAGUGAAAGUUGACGUUGUGUUUCCGAAUGACAUCACCAAGAGGUAAAAUAUAUAGUGAAAAUAGUGGUCCUAAAACGGAACCUUGAGGAACACCGAAACUUACAAUUUGAUUUGUCAGAGGACAAACCAUCCACAGAGACAAACUGAUAUCUUUACGACAGAUAAGAUCUAAACCAGGGAAGAACCUGUCCGUGUAGACCAAUUAGGGUUUCCAAUCUCUCCAAAAUAAUGUGGUGAUCGAUGGUGUCAAAAGCAGCACUAAGGUCUAGGAGCACGAGGACAGAUGCAGAGCCUUGGUCUGAUGCCAUUUAAAAGGUAAUUUAUCACCUUCAGUCUCAGUACUAUGAUGGGAUCUAAAACCAGACUGAAGUGUUGUGUAUACAUUAUUUGUCUUCAGGAAGGCAGUGAGUUGCUGCGCAACAGAUUUUUUUUUUUUUUUUUGAGGAAUGGGAGAUUCGAAAUAGGCUGAAAGUAAAAAAUAUAUAUAUAUAUAUAUAAUAAUUCUGGGUCAGGGUUUGGCUUUUUCAAGAGAGGCUUUAUUACUGCCACUUUUAGUGAGUUUGGUACACAUCCGGAGGAUAGGGAGCCAUUUAUUAUGUUCAACAUAGGAGGGCAAAGCACAGGAAGUAGCUCUUUCAGUAGUUUAGUUGAAAUAGGGUCCAGUAUGCAGCUUGAAGGUUUAGAGGCCAUUACUAUUUUCGUGAAUGUGUCAAGAGAUACAGGAUUUAAACAACUUCAGGGUCUCCAUUUGAUCCUAGGUCCUGGCAGUUCUGUGCAGACUCAAUGGGAUAUAGCUCCAUGUGUCAGAUUGACACUUUUGUUAUAUAUUUAUAUAAAAUAAACGUUUACUGUCUCCUCUUUAUUGGCUUGUUUGAUGUUUUUCUCAAUAAUAGGUUUGUCAACUUAAUCACAGAGCGUCAGCAGGGGAAAGUUGCUCGUCCCCUCAGAAGGCUAGCCAGCAACGUGAGUAAUUGAAAAAUAUAUAUAUAUAUCAUCUUGCGUCAUUAUGAUUAUUAAAUAUAAUAUUACAUUUUCCUCUAAAUGCUCCCUACUCAUCAAAUGAUCAUCUCAUCUGGGGGACCCCGCUAUGCAGGUGAUGGAAUAAUAAAUACAUGUUUUUAUUCUAAUGGAUUUUUUAACAGUUGAAAAUCCCUGAGUGGAUUGUAAACCUCAGACAUGACAUUACCCACCGCAAGCUCCCUACCUUGAAAUGGUGUCGCAAGGGUGAGCAUGAUCAUGAACAAACACUGAUUUAUUUAUCUUUUAAGAAUGAUCAUCUCAGAGACCAUGGGUUUUUAUCCUCAUCCUCAAAAACAAUAUGAUAUAUCAUUCCUACUUGCCAUUGUGACUUUGGACUUUCUGCAGUGAUCUUACUCUUUAGUUGACUUGAUGUCUUUUCUAUGUUGCAGGUUGUAAGUUUGUGCUGGAGUGGCUUCAGCAGGAGUACUGGUCCAGGCAGCUGGGCAGUGGGCUGGCUGAGAACUGGGACUCCCAGUCAGAGGGGGAGGAUGGGGAAGAGGCGCUUCAGAGGCAGGAGGAUGAGCUCAUCACCAGACAAAAAGAAAUUGAAUCCUACAGUAAGUUGGAAACAUUUGAACGCUUUAGACUCCGCUUAUUCCCCAGUUAGAUUUUCAAAAGGUAUUUAAAACAUGACUGUCAGUUUGUUUACUGAGAUGCUUUUUUUUCUCUCUUUUCAGAGAAGGCACGAGAGUUAUUGAUAUCUUUCGAAAAGGAGCAGUUUCAGGUAUUUACACGCCCCCCCCCCCCCCCCCCCCUUAACCUUUGCCUUUUGUUUGUUACAUUUAUGUAUUGAUUUGUGAAAUUAACAGCAGGAUUGUUAGGUUUAUUUGCACGGUAUGUAUGCCAUGUACGUCAGAAACGUAUGUGAAUCAUGCAUAAUCAACAUCAAGGACGAUAUGGUUAUUGUGGGAAGUCCUCAAGAAAGAACAUUUAAUCACAAUUUAUAACCACGUAAUAAUUUUCCUAUUAUUGUGAGACUGGCACACUCAACUCAACCCACCAUAUUAGAGGGUGAAGACAUCUGUUCUCUAGUCUGCACAGCAUCUUCUCUUCUACAGCUAUAAAUGAGGGCCUCUCAAGAUGGGCAUCUAGAGUAAUUGGGUUUUCUUCUCUACUGCCAGCAAUGCAUAUGGUGGUAUACUUAUCCCAGCCUUUCACUAUAAUGCCAGUAAGUUGUGUUGAGGGGUAGGGUGGAUGCAAUCAGGUGGCAUGUGUGUGAAACAGCAAUGAAAGACGAUACUUCACUUUUCCAAAUUGUAUGGGCUGUACUUUCGGUCCCAAAACAUGAAUUGUGAGCUUGGUCGUCAUUGCUCUUUUCUUUUGUUUAGACGUUUGAAGGAUUUCUAGAGGAGGACAAACAGAAGAGCUUGUGGCCAGAACCCUCUGCAGACAUGAGCUGGAUCCUUGCCCAGAUCAAGCACUUUGCACUAGAGUCUAGGUCAGUUAACACAUUUAUUGGUAUUGCAGUGAUUGUCAAAUCCAUAAACUGCAUCAGAUUGUAUUUUACAAGAAUAACGUUAUUGAAAUGGCAAAGCUCUGGGACCUCAUUGUUCUUUUUUCCCACAUAGUGAAAUACUAAUAGAUGCAUUGGUGGAGGAUGGAUUCAUGGUUCCAACCAUUGAACAACUGGUGUCACUUAGUGUCGACACCUCAGGUAAAACUGAGAUUAGGUAGAUUUCCUCCCAAUACUUUUCUUAAAAUAAAUCUGUGUGUAAAUCCCAUGUUGAUUUUAUUGAUUAACGGAUGUUGUAAGACUGGGGACAUGUCAAAAAUGCUGUAAGCCAUACACACUUACCUGACUGACUAGAAUGUCUUUGUUUUUGAAGAUGAUGCAGACCCCACUGCUCCCCACCUUCCUCGAGUUGUCCUGCGUUUCUGGCUGCCCCUCCUGAAGGAUCUCAACUCUCAGCUCUUCAUUCAUCUCCUCCUGGAGAAACUGUUUGUUGAGCUGCAGCAGCUCUCUGAAGACGACCAGAAACACAGAUCCUUCUACAUCGCUGGGUGGAUUUCUGAGGUCAUCCUCUGCAACGCCAACAGUACGAUCAUUUUCUACCCCAAUAAUAAAAGAACUCAAUUUAAAUACAAAACUGUGCCGGAUUUACCUGAUUUACUGAUGCGGAUGAAUUUUGUUUCUACAGAGAAUGAAUACCAUUAUGAAUCAAAAAUCCAGAGGAAAGCCAGACUGAAGGACAAGAUCUUUAUGAAACGCAUCCAGCUGAGGUGGCAGCAACUCCUUGCAGCAUGUCUGAAUGCUCCUUGCGUGGCCACGCCUCACCUGCUCCAGCAGUAAGCGACUUCAUUAUGUACACACCUCACUUACUGUAUUCUCUACUGCGCUGUACCAGCUUAUGAAAUAUCAAACUUUAAGUCAUUUUCAAACAUAAUGACUAAAAUGAACUUUCAGGAUCCUGGAGGACAUGGAGCACCCGAUGCCUUUGGACACCCGACGGAAGCUACUCAGACUGAGCAGUAUCUACACCCAGGGGGCAGACUCGGGGUGUGAUCCUUCCAUGGAGCACUCAGGCCAGCCUAGCGGUAUCUACACCCUAGAGAGCCUGCAUGAGAGGCUGCGGCUGCAGUCCAGACGCCAGGUCCACAUGAUGCACCCAGGAACCGUAUCUGACCCACGCAAGGCCCUGCCAGAGAGGACCGACGACUUCCAAGAGCACCUGAGCCCAGAUGUCCUGGCCGAGAGGGCCGCGGAACUCAGGGGUUCUCCCUGGCAAGUUUGCACAGGUCAGUUCAGUUGUCAUGCAAAUUUGAAGAACAUGAAUCUGAUUCUGAUUCCACAAUAUUUCAUUAGAAUAUGACAUUUGAUCUAAAUAGGUUUGUUUUCUCACCGGUUUAGACAAAGUCCAGUGGAAGAACUAUCCUCUUGGGAAAGUUCCAGGCCAGUCAGAGGACCCUUCCUGCCUAAUGGUAGAUAACUUCUCUACUAUUAUGGUGUUUGACCAGCAGGUGGAAAUGGAGAAUGCCACUCAGCACAAUGUGCAUGCAGGGUAAGAAACAAGAAAAUAAAGUUAUACUAUAAAUCAAAGGCAUCCAUAGAAAUAGAAGUAUGAGUAAGUAAUAGAUCAACCAUCACUAAGCAAUUGUACUUAAUCUGAUCAGUAAUGUUUCUCUUAAUCUCUCCAGUGUCUCAAUGCCACACAGAGUCACCACGGAUGGGCUUCUCUGGACACACAAUGAUAUCAGCAAAUUGAAAGCUGGCCUGCAACUGUUUUAAACAAAUAUGCCAAUACUGUAAAAUAAAGGCCUUCACUGUCAUUGAUCUUCAUCUGCAAACACAUUGUAUUGUUUCUACUCUGACAUGCCAAAAGCAGUUUUUUGUUUUCAGCAAAGGCACGUGUCAAAUAAAAGUACUUGGAGUACCCGAGACA